AUGGGCCAAGAGAGGUGUGCCCGCUCUGUAACCACAUCUGAGCCCGGGAAUAACGAGGUGAGUCAGCACCCUGAUACCGCGCUGGCCUCCAGACCCGCCGGCCUGGCUGACAAGCAGCUUGGUGGUGAGGCAGAUGCACAUUCUCUGGGCUCCUACUGUGGCCCGGGGCUGUGCCAAGACUCUGGCCUCGGCGAUUUGCCCCAAGGACGGUUUCUGUUUGGUCGAAGGUCUGUCACUCCUGAGUCCAGCCUUCCGCGCCUCUGCCCUGCCUGCAAGAGGGACCAAACUGGGCUCUGGCCCCGGGUGAGGGACCCCACGCUUCUGGGCCCGUGGGAGCUACGUUCCCAGGCCUCCCCUGGCACCCACAGGAGAUGGCUCGGUACUGCGGUGAUCCGAGGCCCCGAGGGCUCCCUCCCGAGUCACAGCUCCACCCAGGAGGAGGGGGCGCUCCCUCCUGCGUCACACCUCCACCCGGUAGGAGAGGGCUCCCUCCUGGGAGGGGAGAGGGGCGUUGAGACAGCUGCCUUCCUGAACCGGCCCGCGCUGGUCUCUAUCCCCGCGCUCUGA